CAAGAACAUCGCAGCCAAGCGAAUGGCUCUCCCAGCUGAUUGGCCGUUGAAUCGAUGCGUGAACGUGCCCUAUGGCACAAACCGGAGGAGAUUUGUUUUUCUAAAAGUUAUCGCAUGUGUAACAGCUAUUGAUAGACUAGCCAGUCGUUCGUUCAAGUACUCCGAGCCUCUGAAAGUGCUCAGUUCCUGUCUCAUUCGCACUUCCAGUGACCAUGUCCGAGCGAUUCAGUCAGCAACAAAUGGAAAAACUUCAACAAAUCUCCGACUUGAAGACGCAGUUACAAGCAGCAGCGAUGGAGGCAGCAGUCGCAAAAGCUGAAGCUGAAAAGCAUGGUCCCCAGUACAGUACAAUCGAUCACUCUCCCGUCAAACGGUACCCUGUUCAUAGUCGAAAAAACGAGGACGACAAUGCCGGGGCCAGGCAGCAGUUGGACAGUUUUCUGAAGAAACGAAGUGAUGAUACAAAGGCACCAACAGCAGCAGAUGGUUCAAGUUAA